AUGGUAAAUAUAAAUAAAGUUUUCAUAUACAUAGCCUCUUUAAUAAUAAGCUUGAUUUCAUUAAUUAUUAUGACUAGUGUGAAAGAAAAUCUAUAAUCAUACUAAAUAAAGAUUAAUAAAUUAGCAUUCUUUAGGUUAGAAAAGAUUCUUAUAAAUCAAAUUCCUUCUUAUUAAGCUUUAGUUUUUGUUGUUUACAUCCCUUUUUGUGCUUACUAUAUUUGGAAUUACAUUAAAGAUCGCAAAAGAAAUGAAAGAAUAAAAAAUGGAAAUGCAUCAUUUGAAGAAAAGUAUAUGCUAGAAGUAGAAUCAAAUGAAGCCAAAUAGUGGAGCAAUAUUUUGCUUACUAAUUUAUUUAUUUAUAUGACAUAAACUUUAGCAUUACUCUUAGCAAUUUUCUUCUCUAAUUAUGCUAUAAAUGAAAUCGAAUACAUAUAAGGUCAAUAUGAAUCAACUUAAAACUCGACAGAUAGAGAUACAAUUGAAAGUGUAGUUGAUUUGACUAAGUCUCUUAAGGCUACAAUAUUCUUAAAUUCACUUUGCAUCUUUUAAAUUGUAUAUGUCUCAUUAGAAGGAUGCUAUAUAAAAAUCAAAAGUAAAUGA